CCCUCUCUCUCCCCACCAUAACUCUCUCUGUUCUUCUUCCUCUGUUUUUUCCCUCUCCCAAAAUUCCCCCUUUCCUAAUUUCCUCCGACUUGGGUCUCUCAAGCUUUCAAUCUUUCCGCAAAAGAUUUCGGUUUUUUGUGUUCUUGAAGCUCCCAAUUUGGAAAAACCAGAAAUAUUUUAAUUCAAACAACAAAAAACAGAGCCGUUGUUCUUGUAAUUCCGAUGACGAACCAGAAUGUGGUAGUUUCCGAUUCCAAAUCCGGCAUCAACAUGUCCAUCACCGUCGCCGUCUCCAACUCCUCCAUUUUCGCCACUACUGCUCAGAAACCGCCACCAGCUCCCGGCGGCUACAUCUCCAUUUCCCGUAAAAAAAUCCUCAAGGACCUUGAUGUUAAUGGCGGUUGGAUUGAAUCAAUGAGAGCUUCUUCUCCAACCCAUGUUAAAUCUCUUCCCCCCGCCACCGCCACCGCCGAAGACGGUGCCGACGACCACCAUAACUCUUGGAUUUCUUUUCGACACGAGUAAAUGUUUUUUUUCUUCCAUAUUUUAAGCUUAGGACAAUCUUCGAGAGGGAAACAAAUUGUGAUGUUUUUGGAUUACGAUGGAACUCUUUCUCCGAUUGUUGCGGACCCCGACAAGGCUUUCAUGUCGGAAGCUAUGAGGAAGACAGUGAAAAAGCUUGCCAGAUGCUUUCCGACCGCCAUCGUCAGUGGCAGAUGCAGAGACAAGGUGUACGGAUUCAUUAGACUGGGGGAGCUUUACUACGCCGGCAGCCAUGGCAUGGACAUUAAAGGCCCAACUAAAACCUCCAAACUCAAGAAAGCUGUUAAUCAAGGCCUCCUGUUCCAACCUGCGAGCGAGUUUCUCCCGAUGAUUGACGACGUCUAUGAACAGCUGGUAGAUAAAAUGAAAUCAACUCCAGGGGCCAAAGUGGAGAACAACAAGUUCUGUAUCUCAGUGCAUUUUCGCUGUGUUGAUGAAAAGGAAUGGAAUAAUUUGGCCCAUGAAGUUAAAUCAGUGGUUAAAGAAUACCCAAAGCUCCGACUAACACAAGGAAGAAAGGUUCUAGAAAUCCGUCCUACCAUCAAGUGGGACAAAGGGAAGGCCCUCGAGUUUUUGUUAGAGUCGCUAGGGUAUGCAAAUUGUUCUGACGUGUUUCCUAUUUAUAUUGGAGAUGACCGUACGGACGAAGAUGCAUUUAAGGUUCUAAGGGAAAGAGAGCAAGGAUUUGGAAUUCUCGUGUCGAAAAUUCCUAAAGACACCCACGCUUCGUAUUCUUUACAAGAACCUUCCGAGGUUAUGCACUUUUUGCAACGUUUGGUGCAAUGGAAGCGACCAUCUUUAUUAAGAAGACAUUGCAGGGUUUGAGAAGUAGAGAGAGAAAGAGUGGGAAUUCAGUACAUGUUGUAAUUUCCUUUUUCUCUAGGGGUUAGUAGUUAAAAAGAAAAAAGUAGAAGGGUCAAUGGGAAAAACAAAAAUUGUAACUUUUUCCUUCACCUCGGUUCCCUUCUACUUACACAUAUCUGUAAACUAACUGUGUUUUAAGACCACAAAUAGUAUUGUAACUUAGCCAUCUUUUUCUCUCAA